AGCUUGAAGGUGGCUACUUUUUCCCCCGUCGUAAGUUUGUUGUCGGUGGAUAAGUUGUGAAAGCAACCUUGACUUUCUUGUUUUGUGAUAUUUUAACUGCGAAAUAUUCUUGCAUAAUCUGAAAUUUUUAUUUAAAUUGAAAUCAAUGUAAGAUCGGAAGUCGAGAUAUCAUCAUUGCUUCCUCUUGAUCGUUUUCGUCAUCCUUCGUCAGCUUCCGAUCACCUCGCUUCUGCAUCCAAGCAUCUCCGGGGAGCCGUAAGGAAUCCCGGCCACGACGAACAAAGCAUCUACUGCUUUACUAUUGCGUGUGGGACCGACGUCUACCUGAGGAUUCUUUUUCGAAAAUAGUUGUUUCUGGACGAGGUCGUCGUGUACUACAACUAGCGGAAGUAGAAGGAACGGUAACGGAGAGGGCAGGAAACGUUGACGUGAAGAAAGGACGAACGAACGGCGAGACGGUUUCAGUUGUGCGCUAGGCGGCAACAGUUAUAUCGGAAAGAGGAGCUGGCAAAGUUAAAGUAGAACUUUGGAACCGCAACCGAUUUUGUGUACGACCUGUGUAGAAGGAAUUGUCAAUCGAGCUCGAGGUCCGGACGGUGUAAAGAACGUCGGGACGAACAAGGGACACAUCUUCAUCAUCCUUGGAGGCUUAUUAGUACCGAUUGAAAAUAACCGGGAACAUUUGUCCACCGCCGAUUUCGACGUACUUUUUCUCUCGGAUUUUGAGAACUUUUUUGUGAAGCAGAAAAUACGAAAAACAGUGCAGCUGUCAUUAAACAAGAAUAUUACCAGCAGCUCAUCUACGACGUACUUCUGGUCUUGCAGUCCGAGGACGACAGCAGAUCACGCGGGAGGUGAAGAACAAGAAGCGAGUGCGAACUACACGACUGGGACAAUAGCAAAGCGCAACAGUUUCCUCGGGGUUUCCCAAGAACAAGAACUCGUCAAGCCAUAACAAAAACAAUAACGUGACGUGUGAAUAACGUGGAAAAGCAAAUACCUGCCUAGACAAAUUUGUGAAGAACGAGGAAAUUUAACGUGGUGGUGGUUUCUUAGUCUUAGUGGUACUACGACUAAGACCUCUACAACUCAGAUGUAUCAUCAGGCUCACCAGAAACAUCUUCACUGAGAAACCAGACUUGACGUUGUCGUCCCGAACAAGUACUGAAAUAGCAGAAAUCGUCGAUACGGUUUCGGUUUGCAGCUGGUGCAAUGUAGCCACCAAACCAGAUCUACAACAUCUUCAACAUCUACUGCAGAAUCAUCUCCGAGGCAGAGCAGGCUGGUGAGAUGACAGGCUCUAUUGAAGAGACCAGCACGAGUGGCAGUGUCAAGGCGACCUCUGCCGGGUUACAUCAGAUCGAAAGUUGCACCGCUGGUGGUGGAGCACAGCAGAACUCCUCCGAGACGGUGAUGACGUCCCAUGGAGACGCUGAACAGAAGCACCCGAACACGGAUUCUUCGUCUGUCAACAAGAACUCAAGCAUGACGAGCUGCAACAGUCUCACGGUCGUCGCAACGCCGAGCGCUGCGGCAGCCAACAACGCGAAUGCGUGUCCUCAGCUCAAGAAUAUGAUGCAUUUGACCCCUCCUGCUGGUGCGGCAGGAAAUACAAAUAGUUUUAAUCUCCCACUUCGCCUACCCUCCAUGAUGGGUAGCUCACCAAAGUCAUCCUCCGUGGCCAACAGUGCUGGCUCUUUGACAUGUGCACCUCCAAAUGGUGGAGCAGAUGGUGGCGCGCCGCAUGCAGAGCAGCAGCGACAAAUGAAUUUGAAUUUCAACAAUUCGCUACUCUCCCUUGUGCCGCCCUCUACGACCUCCACCUCGCAGCAUCAGCCACUACAGUCCUUCAUCACGGCCGCACAGCUACCAUCCACUCAGUCCAUAAUUUCAUCGGAGCAGACCGGGAUGAACAACAACAAUCCCUUAUUUGCUGCAUUCGGUGGCGGAUUUGGUCUUGCUGGAGGUGACCCUACUCUUCAGCAACAGUUGAUAUUUGCGGGAACAUCAAACUGUGGUGCGGGCGGAGUUGCCCAAGUAGAAUCCGCUUCGGCACCAGCCUCAGGUUCAUCGUCUUCCGGUCUCAGCGACCAUGGUCAUCUUGGGCAGCAACAACUUUCAAGCGGAACUAUCGACCAGAUGAUGUCGGCAAACUCCAUGAUUUCGGCGAGUUCGUCUUUAACCGCAGGUGCUCCUGGUCCACAUGAACACCAGCUCUUCGUUUCUACCACCUCCUCUGCGUCGAUCGGUCCCCCCCUGGUUUCUGCGAAUUCUGUGGAAGAAGUAGAUGUUCCGCGUCCCUCGAGCUCCACCCCCUCAGUGGAUUUGUUCAACCUUGUUGCCGGCGUAGUUGGCUCAGCUACAACAACUUCGCAGCUGCAAACGACCCCGGGCGAACAACAGCAGCAACAGCAACAGCAAAUGACGUCGCAGCAAUUCCAGCAGAUUCAGGAGAGUCAAAUGGAAACGCAGAAGCUGCUCGAACGCUGCAACGUGAUCAGUUCCAACACGAACCAUUUGACUGGCGGCGGGGAUCAUCCGAUGAGCAGGAGUGCGUGCGUGGUGACUGAGGUGCACCAGAAAAACCAGAACAGUGGGAGUGGUUGUGCUAGCUCGGCCGCAGGAGCUGCAGAACUGUCAGGAGGACGCGCCGCGACUGACGCUGCCAGCAUCGCGAUAAAGGUAGGUGGAGGGGGGCCUCAAAACAGCAACUCUCUUAGCAAGAAGAAUGACCAGGCCCAGGCGGGAGGUAGUACAACAACUAGCACAGCAGGCACUACAUCACAACAACAGACGAACCCGCACAUCACAAAAAAACCGCCGCAGCCGCCCCCUCCGGUACCGACGCCCCCGCCCGCGAACUAUGCUACUUUCAACUUGCACAAUUUGAACUUCGGAUCAUCUUCUACCGGAAAUAACCCUAGUAACUUCGGAGGUGGAACUGCUGGUCCUCUUGCACCUACAUCCUUCUUGCCACCGCCGCCGAUGCCGCCCCUGCCGAAUCAAAACAUCAAUAUGAUGGGCGCAGCAUCGUGUAAUAACCCAACUGCGCCGCAGCUGAUGAACAACAACAAUGAGCUUAUGCUCCUGCGAAACAACACCACAGGUAGUGCCGGAUCUAUCGGCUCGUCUAACAUGGUCACCGUCACACCUUCGCCCGGCGCUGGCGCAAUGAUGAACAACAAGGGCGCCUCCAGUGAUAUCAACUUUCUUCCGGGACACCAGCCCGUUUAUGGGGCAGGUCAGAAUAACUUGGGUGGCGGUGGAACUGGAACUUCAACUACACUAAACAAUGCGGCCAACUACGUCGCAAGUAAUGUACCUACUCCGCCCCCGCCUCCCGUUCUUGUUCCCCAGCAGCUUCACCUCUAUCGAAGAAAAAAAUUGUGUUAGUGUAACUUUCUUUGGCCGACAGCAUCACAAACUUGCUCUACAUAACAGAUAAAACCUGUCACGCGUGGCUUGUAAGGGAAAACGCACAGCAGGAGCGGAGGACUUCAUGGCUGUCUGGCAUGUUGACAGGCGCGACUCUGUUGCGAGUUUCUGCAUUACAGAGUUACACUUAGACAGAUUUUUUCUUGCAUAACCUCGACCUUGUAGGCAACAGCAUGAUGCUGAACCCGCAACAGUUAAACUGUUCAUCUUCAAUGUCGCAGUUUCUCCUACCGUAUCAAAUGCAGCAUCAAACUGGCACCAGUGCUGCGCCAGCGAGUAGUACUAAUAUGUUGAAUCCAAACGGCGCCACUGGGGGCGUUUUUCUUGGAGGUGCAGGAGCAGGUGGUGUUGUGGCCGCUCCUUUCUCGCAACAGCAGCAGCUACAGCAGCAACAGCCUCUGGCGUCCUCGACAUCGUGCGACGGAGCUGCAGCACCAGCGUUCAUGAUGAAUAACAAUAACCCAAACCCUACUCAACAACAGCAACAGCAAUCUGCGGAUAACCUUCGGGAAUUUGCGAUGUCCUUCAAUUCCUCGACCUCGGCCGGGGGAUUUGGGAACUCCCCGGGCUUCUCGCCCUGCUUCGUUGCGCAGCCGCAGCUGCAGCAGCCCGGCGGAUCAGGAGCAGGGGGAAGCUGCCUGAAGGGAGUGGUCGGAAACGAAAACAUGUCUGCUGGCGGUGGGGUCGUUCCGUUGUCGAGCGGAGAUGUUGGAGGCGCGGCGUUUACAGCAACGGGUGGUGCACCAGGCUGCACGAAUUUCGUUGCGCCGGGGGCGCAGUUGCCGCAUGGGUCCUCUUUUGGAUCGAGUUUCAACAUGGACACACAGAAUAUGAAUGUCCAGCAGCAAUUUCUUCAUCAAGGCGCUCCGAACCCGAAGUCCAUGCAGCCUGAACAAAUGUUGACUUGGACGAUGAACUCCAAUGGAGGUGUCAAUCAGCAGCAGCUUUCGUCGCAGUCGCAGCCUUUCGUUCCGCAGCAGCAGCUCCUGCAAGACCCGUUAUUUGACAAUAGCCUGAUGAUGAGCAAAAAUUCUGAUCAGCUCAACCAGAACCAGUUGUGCGGAGGCGGUGGACAGCUAUACAGCAAUUCCGGAAGCGGACGACCGCCUCUAGGACCAAAUACGACCGCAGGAAGCACCACUGGAGGCAAAAGCAACAAUCUCUUUGGUAAUUUUUCAAACAGCGCGCACUUCCAACAGCAGCACGGGGGAGGCCCUGGGCCUCCGCUUAACAACCACUCAGUGCCGGGGGGUAAGAACCAGCAGCUUCCUCGAGAAAUCAACUUGUCCACCAGUAUCAACAUCUCCGAUCGGUACAAUAACUUCAACAAGAAUUAUCGCGAGGACCUCCAGCAGAGUAUGGGAACAACCAAGAACCAGAAUAGUAACUACAACGACAUGAAUUACCAAGCUCCAUUCAGUGCGAUCGAGACUGAACAUUACAGCCGUGGGCUGGUGCCCGCUUCGUUCCUGUGUCACCAGCACAGCAAGGGAGGUGGAUGCCCGGGCAGCGAGAGGACUACCUCCCGUGGAGGGGGCAAAGGUACUACUACCCGAGGAAUGAACCAUGGCAAGAUGUCGGCGCAGAACAAUAAACAUGCUGGCGUCCGCGAAACGAGUAGUGCCGGUUAUCAUGCUUUUUCAGCGUCAUCCACAUCCGCGGUGCUGUUGAACGAUGCCAACUACUUACCGCCGGCGCGUGGUUGUGGUCAGGGAGGUAAUUAUAACGGCAAGCAGGGCGGCAAAAUGCAAUUGGGAAGCGGAAAUCAGCAAGACAAACCAUUCAUGUUCGCAUCGGAUAAAAAUGGUAGUUACAACGCUAACUACAGCAACAGCGCCUCUGCCUCUGGCCAGUAUAAUCAGCAGCAGAACUACAAUCUGGCCCCUGACGGCGCACCAGGUUCUUGUUCGCGGGGAGCAGGAGGUGGAGCCUCAGGUCGUGGACGCCGCAAGUGGUCUGUCUCGUCAAGCGGAGCAGGCGCAACUGCUAGCGGCACGGGGCUCAUUCUGCAGAGCAUGAAUCACCAUGCAGCUGCUGGUGCCGCACCACCGCAAUUGUACCAAGAUGAAAUCAACAUGAAGAAUUAUAUAGGGAAUGAUCAUGAUGAUCAGAGCUACAGCUAUGGACAAGGAGCGCUUUCUCGUCGUGGAAGCUGCAAGGGUGGUGCGGGAGCUGGUGGACCAAGCGGUGCAGGUCUAGGUGGUCGUGGAUCCAUCUUUCACACUUAUCAGGAACGACCUUCGCGAAAGCAAUCCAGUCGGUCGAACAGCAAAACGAGCUCCAAGCUCAAUCUCAACAUCCCGCCGCCGGUAUCCGCCUGUGCAAAAAAUUCGCCAACGUCGUCGUGCUCAAUUUUUUGUAAGAACGCCAACUCGAUGAAGAUGAUUUUGUUGUUGUAAAUGAAAAUGAGCGUCGAUGUCGAAAUGUAUAAUUUACUGGCUAGUGCUAUUUCACUUCAGGAGCCUCUACUGCUUCAUGCACUGCAAAUUGAGCAGGGCACUGUGGAUGAUUUUGCAUGGCAUAUCCGCCCCUGCCGACACAGAUUCCCCCUCCAUUUCCGCCUGUGAAGGUAUUAGUUUUGGUUUAUAGUAAGCAUUGAUAUGUUUAAUUUGAUGUUAUCUGUAGCUUCUUGUUCCACCUCAUUGUAUCUACGUUCUUUUGCAGCUCCUGUCGCCCAGAAAAUCCUCAAUGACACGAUACCGUAGGGCCCCCGCCAAAACCGCAGCCGCAGUGGUACGAAGGGCUUUGGCGGAGGGGGCGGUGCUUCAACUACAUCAGCACAUGCUGGUCUAGUCCGGCCACCGCGCAGUGUUGACGAAGGCAGUGCUGAGAUGAACAAGCAACGAACCCUGUCUGCCUCCGAGCUUCUGCGGUUUGUGGGCUCUGAGAAAGCUGCAAACACUACUGGUGGAAAAGGUGCAGCAAAGAACAUCCUCGUUGCGCCUGCAGUCCAGCCGCCACCGUUUCCACCCACGACCGGCGGGGGGCGGAAUGCGAAGGACGCGCCGUCUGCACCCGCGCCGUCGCUGUUAAAAAACAGCAGCACUUGUAAAAAUAGCGGAACAGUAGAUGAGAAGUUUCCGACCGCGGAGUUGUCGUCCGGUGCGACGCAAGACGAGAAGGAGAAAAAAGAUGGCGAUCAUGUUCAUGCAGGAAUUGUUCUAGACGAUAGCGCUACUUUGGAAGAAGAUUUCAUCGGGCUACAAGAUGAAGAUGAUGCAAAUAACCUACACGAAGAGUAUACCGAUUUGGAGGACGAGGACGAUGAUCAUGAUGAUUACCUGGAUCUCACCUGCAAAUCCAGUGCACAAGCCGACCCCAAAAUCCGGAUCACCGGCCGCGGCCAAGUGUACUUUGACGACGCAACUGGAAAGGCUUUCCUGGUCUCAGCGUCGCGUGCUGGAGGGAGGAGGACGAGAGAAGCCAGCACCGAACAAGAACAGAAUGAAAGUAGAGGGUUACAUACUAGUGAUAACAAGGACAAUGAUGAUCUGAAUCUUCCAGAAGAAGUUGUACCUUUGCCCGGAGAUGAGGACGACAACACGACGCACGGAACAAUGAAAGUCAAACCGUCCUCGUCUUCCCCUUCCGCGGAAAAUCCCGAAAAAUGUGGUCGCUUAGCUGCUUCUCGCCGCAGGAGCUGGGCCGAGCUGCAGUACGUCCCGAACAAGAAUCAUAAACAGGCUAGUACUCUAAUAAGAUCACGAAAGCGCAACAUCAGCAGCGCAGAAAGCGUGUACAAGAUCACGAAGGCAGCUCAUCACCAAGAUGAAGACAGUGCUGAUGAACAUGAAUGUUCGAUGAAAACGAGACGCGUAUCCUCCGGUCGGGAUCACGCUGCUCCUGUCAGCUCGUGGUCUAGGGCUAAUAUGCAGAGAAAAUGAUAAUUUCCCGUACGUGUACAAAUGCGGGGGCUUUUACUUUACUCGUUCCAGUUCUUCCUAUCCCUAUUCAGCAUGACAAGCGGCAUCCUCGUCCAAGUUGGCGAGAUUUGUGAUGCAUUUUGUACGUGUGCAGGAAUACUACAUUUGUAAGAUUGCAUAAGAACUUCUGUCCUCUCGUCUGGAAGAGGGUCGAAGAGAAACAGUCUAUGCGGUCUUUUCGACAGCCAGCCCAGCAGACGGAGUAGCAAAAUCAAGAUGUUGGAAAGGCCUGCGUCACUGGAAUCGAUGCUGGUUUCGCGGAGCAGCACCAUUGUAGUUCGGCGCAAGGCGAGCAAAGAGCUUCAACAGGACGGGGCUGCUGAUGUCGACUUGGUGCCAGUGUUGGAGGAAUCGAUCCACAGCAGGUGCAGGCAGCGCACCGAGGAAGUGGAAGUGCAGCCGGACAAGGAAAUUACGAAAGAACCUGGUCAUGGGCUGCUGCAAGAAGGCGACGCGGGUCUGCAGGUGCUGGCUAAAAGCUCGACAACUCUUCAACCCGCAGUUGUCGCACAGAACAAGCCGCUACAACUGGAAGUUUCGCCGGUGAAAAGGGUACAACUCUUUUUGUAUUACGUCGAUAGCGGCAUCUAGGUCGUGAUGCGUGUUUUCUUUAUUUUUUUCAUGAACAUGUUGAUCUUGAUAGGGUUUAGGCUAUCAACAAGCGAAAUUAUUGCCUCAUCGCUUCUACCUUCGUCUUCUGCAUGAAGAAAAACUAGGUGCCACUGCAAAACUAUUUCAACAAAAAAUAAUAAAAACUCAUAAAUAAAAAAAUAGGUUCUCUCGCCAGAAGAACAUCGAGCGCAGAACGGCAAAUUUUUAAUCAGCAACCACGGCCUAGUGUUGAAGGAUCAUCGUGAAGCUGCCGCCGAAGCUGGUCGUGGUGCACCAGAAGUGGCAGAACUGCCACGUCACGAAAGCAACAGCAAGACAAAUGCUGACGACGGAGAGCAACAAGAAAGCGAUCUUCAGGAUCCUAACUUCCACCAAAGCGGACGACCAAGCGACAGAGACGAAGGGGACGGGCGGCCGUCGAAAAACAAGGACGAGGGUUCGUUCAACAGAGUCGAUAGUUGGGGAACCUGGGGCGAUCUGUCGCCGGUCAGACCCGAGCGCAUUUUAAUGACGAUCUGUGCGAAAGCCCUGCUACAGACUACAAUGGACGCAGGUAUACUAGAACAGUAGAAGAGAUGAUGAUGAUGAUGAUGCUGUGGCGAGCAAGUAAAGAAAUGUCUUUUAUUAUGUCGUGCACGUGUAGCUGCAGAUUUUGCUACUUUCCUCUAGAAAUUUUGCUUUAAUGAAAACAGCCUCCGCGUCGAGCGCGCGACGCAACAAGAAGACCCGCGGUGUGGGUUAUGGAUAUGGUGUAUCAUCUUUUCCGCGUAUGUCUCAGAUAAACCUACACAUUCGUGUCAGUGUCGGUGCUGUGCUUUUGGACUUGGACAACCCCAUGUGGUGCAUUGAAAAUGUCAUGAACUUCAACUUCUCACAGCGACAGCAUGAUAGAUGCAUGACAGAGAAUGAUAAUUAUGCGAGUGCCUGCUGAUGAUUAUGUGCGUAGGAAAAGUACAGGGUCCUCGCACUACACAACUUGAAGGAGAAAUAAAUCAACGAGCAGGACGUACUAUUUCAGGCUGAGGAAGAUAAACCUACAUGCAACUACUACGUUGUGCUCCUACUUUGUGCGCAAGCUCAUCUUCACCUUGUUCUCUGCACUGACACUGUGUAGUUCAUGUGUUGUUUAUCACUUGUAUACGAAACACGGCGCAACCGGGUCAACAGGGCUCUCCCGACUUGCCAACCUUGCUUCAGCACCAUACCACGCCCCCGCUCGACAUGCAGACACCGGAUCCGAAGUCCAGUAUAACCUUCCAACAGCAUCAUGACAACUACUACAAAACCCCACAGAGGACGCUCGGAGGCCGUGGGGGCUUUGAUGGAAGUCGAGUAUCGCAAGAAAAAACUGUUUCACUGUAAACGUGUAAUGCAGAAACUGCAUCUGAGAAGUUGAAGUGUUUGUCUUGCUACACAGGGUUCAUGGAUGCAAUAAAUACACAUGCAAGACGCUAGAUUUUUCGCUGUGUUUUCCCUUAGGAAUCAAUCUCGCAUCGCAAAUUUUCUCUGUGAUGUAGUAGAACAAACUUGUCGUGAUGCAAAACUUGCAAAAUCCUAACAGUGAAGCACUUUUUUCGUACGAUAUCGGGGAAGCCACAACCAAUACCAGGACCCGCACAAGUACUGCGGCAGCAUCGACGAAUGCGAAGAGCAGUGCCAGCAGCAGCACAUCAGAGGUAGUGGUGGAGGACCGCACUCGCAUCAGUUUCACCAACAGGAGAGCAACAGUUUAUUUCCCAACGACCAGAUGAUGAACUACAAUCAGAACUACAACGGCCCCCGUCCAAGUGGAGCAUGUGUUAACGUGAACUCGAACAUGAACAAUUUGAAUUUCAUGAACAACGAGGACAACCAAAACUGUUACAACAUCACCGGUUCGUUGCAAUAUCAAAACCGAUACUCGCCCAACGAAAAUAACUCCUCUUUUCAGAAUGCCGCAAGAAGCUCCCCUGGUGUAGUAGAGCACCAGCAUCAAAGGCACCACAUAAGCCGGGGCGGUGGGAAUUACAGUGCCUCGUCGCUAUAUGCUGCUACGGGAAGUUGUGCUCAGCAACGAAGCCCGGGCAUUUCUGGUAACGCCCAUGGGCGCCGCAGUGGGGGUCUCAUAUCCGAUGGAAAAUCACUACCACGGUCACCAUCAAGAUUAUAAACAUAAACAACGAGCUCUCGCAUAAUUUUUAACGAUGAAGGAAUAAAUAAAGAUAAACACAGAGGCAAAUAAGCAUUUUUUUCGUCAGCAGCUCGUCUCACGACCAGGUUCCAGGAAAUGAAUUAUGCGCGCUUGUUCUUUUGCCUGUUACAACAUACUUCGAGUUUGAUGGUACGUCGUGUUUCCUUAAUUUAUUCACACGGCAUACAGUACGGCGGCGGCGCAGAUUGGCCGAAACUCGGUGUAUAACAGCUACAGCAAUAAAAACUUGAAUAAGAGGGGCGAAGUGGAGCAAGCCACCACGGUGAUGAUCCAGAACGUGCCGAACGCGCUGGGGCAGCAGGACCUCCUGCACAUUAUCGAUCACGAUUUCAACUUCAAGGGCUUGUACUAACACUUCUUGUUGCUGCGUUUUCUUGAUCGACGUGCAAUAGAGUAGCGUCGUCCUCGUCCAUUUAAUUUACUGAAAUUUAAUAUGAAAGUCGUCGUAUCUUUUACUUUUGUAGUUUUCUCCUCGCGAUGUUGCAGCAAGAAUGGAAACAAGUUCGGGCAUCAUGCUUCUUCUGGACGAUAAGUAGAAUGAAUAUGAGUUGUAUGCUUCUGGAUCAUGAAAUAAAUUAUGAAGCACGUAGCCCAAAACGGGAAGGCGAAGGGAAUGAUCACAACGAUGAACAAAAAUUUUAUUCGGUUAAAAAAAAUCGCGGAAUAAUUGUUCCAGGUACGAUUUUUUCUACUUGCCGAUUGAUUUCGAGUCCAAGGCUAAUUUCGGGUACGCGUUCGUCAACUUUGUCUGUCCCAACGACUAUCAAAAUAGAAAAACCCCCCACCCCACAUCAACACGAAAUCUGUGAUGCUGGAUUUGCGUACACAAAUCAGAUUUGUCUUGUUGGAGAGAACUGCAGGCCCAUACUAAGCCUGAGUAAAGAGGUUUUGGGCUACGCUCUUAGCAUGAGAAACGUCUGCGCUGUAGGCCCAACAGCAUCACAAACCGCCUGCAUGAUGCUGCGGAGCCUGUGGAGUUGCCUUCUUGCAACACAGAGAUGCCGCGUGGUCGCAAAUCAGCAUUGCAAAUUUUCUGCGACGUACCUUCUCGGUACGGGGAGGGGGGAUUUUUCCUCACAAUAACGACGUCCAGCCCUUCAUCAACGCCUUUUCCGGGCUAUCAAAGUGAAAAAAGCCCCCACCCCAUAUCGGAUACGGAAGAUGCGCGAACUUGUGAUGCUGUAUUUGAGUACACAAAUCGACUUGUAUUGCUGGAAGGCCAACAGACGAAGCUGCGGCCUAAAUUGCCGGUAAUCCGUCAUGCUGUUUCCCACUUCCAGCUGCCUCCUGUCAUCCUGGAGCAUCAAGGCUUUCCCACGCUAGACAGCACUACAGUCCGCAUCUUUUGCCUUCUAGCAUCACAAAGCUGAUUUGUGACCACAAAUCUGCAUCACAGAUUUCCGCUUUGAUAUGGUGAGGGGGCAUUUUUCAUUGUAAUACGGGCAAAAGCUGCACGAGAAAUCCAAGAAACUCGCCAACUGCGUGCUCGCGCAACUGCAAGGAAGGGAAAGCAACAUCGCUUACUACCGGAAUUCGGCCAUGAAUCGGGCGACCAUCCCAGAAGACUUCAAGCCGGUCAUUAUUUCCCCGGACGGUAUUGAUGAUGGAUUUUUAUAUGGUGAUUUUUAUUCAUGUUGAUGUCGAAGAGCAGCUUCCACUUCUACGAUGAAAUAUUCAUUGCAUUUCACUUUAGUGAUCAUCUGAUGCUUGUUGUUGUUCAGCUUCAACUUGUCUGAAAAAAGGAUUAGUAUGACGGUCUUCAGCCUUGAACCACCCUACUGCUUUAUCGACGGCAUGGUUACCUCCACUCUGAAAAAAACCUGCACUUCAACAGGUAAGCGCGCUCCCCUGCCCCCACCGGACAAAGAUCUGAAACCGAUUAUGCCGCGCGCGAAGCGACCGAGUAGCAAUAAUUACUACGGAAGCAAUAGCGGCGGUGGGCGCGGCGGGGGCGGCGGCGGGGGAAAUAUUAGCGGAGGAGGUUUUGGUGGCAAUAACAGUGCUUUUAACCAGUCGCCGCCGCUUGUGUCCUCCUCCUCCUCCACUGGAGGAGCGCAUCAGCAGCAGCGAGGAGGUGAACUAUCCACAGGAAAAAACCGAUCCACACCCAUUCUUUGCAUGGCAAACGCAUGAUUUGCAUUUGAUAAGUGUUUUGCAUGACAAAUUGGAUAUGGAUGGGCUUUUUUCUGUGGAUAUGAACAACACUUAUUUCACAACAACAGCACUGGAACAAACCCUCCAAACGUGAUGAACAGCACCAGUAGCAGUAGCAGCGGAAACAGUGGCGGCCGUGGCCCAGAUACUAGUACCGGCGCCAGGGGCGACGAAAAUCCGAACUCCAUAUGUUCGUCCUCUUACAACAAGAUGAAUGAUUUUGAGCAGCCUGAGAACCAAGAUCAUCGUCUUCAGGUUCAUGAAGUGGACGAGUCCAGUAAUGACAAGCAGCACGACCAAAGGGACUACAACACGACUAGGUCGUCUUGUUGGAAGCCGAAACUGCGACUUUCCCCGAACAACAAGAAAAGCAGCACGAGAGACAGUCCCCAAGCAGCUGCAGGAGUAGUAGAUUCUGGGUCUUCAUCUUCUAGUGGUUCUUACGCGACGGCGAGUGAGCAGAUGAACAAUACCAGCGGGUCCGGUUCACAUCACAACGCUGGAAAUGUUGAUCCGAUCAUGCGCAACAGCCGUGGUAACACUAACAAGAACAACAAAGGUAUUAAAGGUGGAGGUAAGCGCGGCGGCGGAAAGGGCAACAACUACAUGCGGGAUAGGAAUUCGCAAGGGGGGGCUGGUGGUGGCUCCGCGAAAAACAGUCCCGGGCUGGAAUCGUCCGCUUCGAGCGGCUCGCCAGCAGCUGUGCGAGCGGCGGAGCUGUACUAAGUAGCGGAAGCGGAUGUAGUAAAAAAUAAAAGUGCUGGGUGUAGUACGAAAGAUGUGUUGACGAGAACUUGUUUGACUUCUACUUCAGCUUCAAAAGGAAAAAGCGGCGCAACAAGAUGAAGGAGAGAAAGUCGACUGCAAAAAAACAAAAGAAGAUUGUGAAGACAUUGUGUAGUGUAAAAAAAGAAGUCGCGUUAGUUUGAAGGGAGCAUAGAAGAGGCAUCUCCCCUUUUUUUCUAUGAGGAUGGGACUAUCGAAAAAAAUAUGAGCAUCAUACCAUAGAAGAAACAUGAACAUGAAGUUCUAAUUCAUAGCAGAAUAAAACGCACGACGGCUACUUAGGUCGAACUACAACGACAGCAGAGAAUGGUGAAUAACCUAUCACGGUUUAUUGUGUCCCUCUUUGUUUCAUAAUGAUAGUUAGACUUCGUGCUAGCGUUUCUUGUGACUAUAGCUGUUCAGCGUUUUGUUUUUUUUCAGUUAAAGCAAUACCCUUUAUCUUGGACGAAGGAUAAGGCGCGUCAUGAUAUUUGUUUAUUUCGAAGAAAAUCAAAAUGCGUGAAAAAAAUUGGGUGCAGAAGCUGUACCUGUUCCGAUUUCUUUUUGUGCUUAUUUUUUUACUCUUUUCCUAAUUUUUCUUCUUCGUACAGAAGUUCGCAUGAUUGACUGGGUAGUGCAGCAUGUAAUUCGAAUGAAUAUACUUACAUACAGAUGCCUUAUCUCUGCUUCUGAGAAAUGGCAUCCAUUCCUCUGACUUCAUUCCGGCAUAUUCCUGAUCCUUGUAUUGCUGCAUUUUUAAAGAAGAUUUCUAUGUGUAAUAGUAAUUAUUUGAGUUGCCGAGCACAAGAUUCGAAGAAGAUGAACGGCGUUUGAUAUAGAGUUUAGAUUUGCGUCGCUAGUUACGCUAUCAUGCUCAUGCACACUGUGUAUGAUUGAACUUGCAGAGGACCAAGCUAAGUGAAUAAUGAUUGUUAUUGUAACUAUACCAGAUCCACUUUGUUUCAGGCGCGUGCUGGAAUCACAAUAUUAUUGUAGACAUCUCCAUGCUCAAGCAGCUCCAGGUUCAAAAUAAAAAAAAAGUAAAUUCAAAAAAUAGCUCUGGGUCUGCGUCUGGUGCGCUCUAUUACUAAGCUACUAACAAACUAUCGAUCGUUUAUGUUGGUGGUCCUCUUUCUGAUGUUAUGAUAGUGACUAUAUUCUCCUCGCUUUAUUCCUUCAAGAUUGGCAAAUGCUAUUCAUAUUCUUAAGUUCUCUUUUGGAUAGCUCAGCUGGUUAGCCAAUAUGCAAGGCCUUUUUCUGAUGUUGUACUAUUGUUACUUUUCAUUGAUGGACGAAGCAAGGAACAACCAAGAGUCAAACACGAAGAAAAUUGACGGUGAAAAUAUGAAAUUCUGCUUGCCAGUUGCUAACGUUUCGUGUGGCUCUAUCGAGAUGAAGAACGGCUUUUCAGUUUUGACUUUUUCUGUAGUCAUUUUUUUCUAAUUUUGAUCAAAGAAAUCAUUGCCACUCCAAUUUCAAAAAUCAACUUUCUGGAAAACGUACCCUGCUUGUAGUUGCUCUGAUACAGUUUAUGUUUUUAUCUUUCAGAGUACCAUUCACAUUUCACAAAUAACAGUAACGGUUUUACGCCAAAAGGCGGCAUCUCAGAGUACUCAAAGUAAAUUUCCGACUUCUAAUAUUUCUAUUUAUUCCUCGAAACGAAGGCAAUAUUUUGAAAAGUCAAUAAAAGAAACAGAUGCGAUUUAUAUGGUGUAUUUGGAAGCAGAAGCACUACUAACUUUGGAAGCCUCGUCAAGAUUUCUGGUUUGUUAAAAGAAAACUCAAAAUAACUUACUCAAUCAAUAUAUAGACUUCUAUUUUCUAUUGACGAAUGUGCCCGAGGAUCUCUCAUGCGACAUAAUAUUCGACCUGAACAAGGUUUGACUCUUGAUUGAUUUUGAUUAGACAUUUGGAUUUUUGGGGUGAAUUUAUUACGAAGUAGCGAUUCCUGUGAAGGAAAAAUCAACAAAAUGAU